AGCGUGCCCGCUCCGACCACCUUUAAAGGGUUAAAGUCCUGUUUGUGGCACAUUAGUAUAUGUGAGGGGGCAAAAACAUCAAGAGGUGGCCAUUUAGAAGUUGGCCAUCUUGGAUACAACUUUUCUUUUUUCAAUAGGAAGAGGGCCAUGUGACACAUCAAACUUAUUGGUAAUGUCACAAGAAAAACAAACUUUAUCAAAGUAGAUGUCUUUCUGAAAGCGCUGUAACUAAGUUUAAGAAUAUAAUCCACCCAUUGUUAUCAUCUUCAAUGCCCUGUACCAACAUAGAGUAGAGCACCUACCUGAAUCCUGCCUCCUUUCAGGAAGCAGCUCACCUGUGUGUCCGUGUCCAGGUCUGAGGUCUGUGUGAAGAAACUGUGAAGGUAGAAAGUGUGUGUGAGCUGAAUUGAGCAGCAUGGAUCAGUGUGAGGACAGAGAGGAGGGAGUCCCUCCCUCUAAAAGCACUCUGUGUGGGGAACAUGAGAGCCAGACCAAAGCUCAGAGGUGAGAUGACCAUCUCUAACUGUCCAUGACUCUUCUCCAUGUCACAGCUCAGCACUCACAUCACUGCUCCAUCAUUAUUCACAGGAACCCACCUGGACCUCCACCCAGCUCUGUGUCCUUACAGAGUGACUGGUCUGCAGAUCGCCCCAUUAAUUUUAAAGUCUCUGCUGCAGAGAGAGGUCAGAGGUCACAGUCUGCAGGGUCCAGCUGUCUGUUUGUGAGGAGUGACUGGUCCAAAGAUGAUCCUCCAGACUUCAGUUGUGAACCUGGACCAACAAGAGUGGACCAGCAGAGCUCAGAGGUUCCCAGUGGUCAGUCUGCCCAGCAGCAUCAAACACAGCUGGACACCAUAUUUAUGCUGCUGGAGGACAACAUCAUCACUUUUGUGAAGAACGAGCUGAAGAAGAUCCAGAAGGUUCUGAGUCCAGAUUACCCAGAAUGCUUAGAGAGUCAGAGGGAGGAUGAUGAUGUGGAGAGGAGGAGCAGCAGAGAGGCAUUUGUGAAGAUCACAGUGGACUUCCUGAGGAGAAUGAAGAAGGAGGAGCUGGCUGACUGUCUCUAUUGCAAACAUUUUCCUACGGUAUGUCAACGUAACCUUAAAUCUGCACUGAAGAAGUUCCAGUGUGUGUUUGAGGGGAUCGCUAAAGCAGGAAACCCAACCCUUCUGAAUCAGAUCUACACAGAGCUCUACAUCACAGAGGGAGGGACUGCAGAGGUCAAUGAUGAACAUGAGGUCAGACAGAUUGAAACAGCAUCCAGGAAACCAGACAGACCAGAAACAACCAUCAGACAAGAAGACAUCUUUAAAGCCUCACCUGGAAGAGAUGAACCAAUCAGAACAGUGCUGACAAAGGGAGUGGCUGGCAUUGGGAAAACAGUCUUAACACAGAAAUACACCCUGGACUGGGCUGAAGACAAAGCCAACCAGGACAUCCAGUUCAUAUUUCCAUUCACUUUCAGAGAGCUGAAUGUGCUGAAAGAGGAAACGUUCAGCUUGGUGGAACUUGUUCAUCACUUCUUUACUGAAACCAAAGAAGCAGGAAUCUGCAGCUUUGAAGACUUCCAGGUUGUGUUCAUCUUUGAUGGUCUGGAUGAGUGUCGACUUCCUCUGGACUUCCACAACACUACAAUCCUAACUGACCCUAGAAAGUCCUCCUCAGUGGAUGUGCUGCUGAUAAACCUCAUCAGGGGGAAACUGCUUCCCUCUGCUCACCUCUGGAUAACCACACGACCUGCAGCAGUCAAUCAGAUCCCUCCUGACUGUGUUGUCAGGGUGACAGAGGUCAGAGGGUUCACUGACCCACAGAAGGAGGAGUACUUCAGGAAGAGAUUCAGAGAUGAGGAGCAGGCCAGCAGGAUCAUCUCCCACAUCAAGACAUCACGAAGCCUCCACAUCAUGUGCCACAUCCCAGUCUUCUGCUGGAUCACUGCUACAGUUCUGGAGGAUGUGCUGGAAACCAGAGAGGGAGGACAGCUGCCCAAGACCCUGACUGAGAUGUACAUCCACUUCCUGGUGGUUCAGGCCAAAGUGAAGAACGUGAAGUAUGAUGGAGGAGCUGAGACAAAUCCACACUGGAGUCCAGAGAGCAGGAAGAUGAUGGAGUCUCUGGGAAAACUGGCUUUUGAUCAGCUGCAGAAAGGAAACCUGAUCUUCUAUGAAUCAGACCUGACAGAGUGUGGCAUCGAUAUCAGAGCAGCCUCAGUGUACUCAGGAGUGUUCACACAGAUCUUUAAAGAGGAGAGAGGACUGUACCAGGACAAGGUGUUCUGCUUCAUCCAUCUGAGUGUUCAGGAGUUUCUGGCUGCUCUUCAUGUCCAUCUGACCUUCAUCAAGUCUGGACUCAAUCUGCUGGAACAACAACAAAAAACCUCCCAGAAGUCUGAAACAAGAGAUUCUGCAGAGAAACUCUUCUACCAGAGUGCUGUGAACAAGGCCUUACAGAGUCCAAAUGGACACCUGGACUUGUUCCUCCGCUUCCUCCUGGGUCUUUCACUGCAGACCAAUCAGACUCUCCUACGAGGUCUACUGACAAAGACAGGAAGUAGCUCACAGACCAAUCAGACUCUCCUACGAGGCCUGAUGUCACAGACAGGAAGUAUCUCAGGAAUCACUCUGGCAACAGCCCAGUACAUCAAGAAGAAGCUCAGUGAGAAUCUGUCUGCAGAGAAAAGCAUCAAUCUGUUUCACUGUCUGAAUGAACUGAAUGAUCGUUCUCUAGUGGAGGAGAUCCAACAGUCCCUGAGAUCAGGAAGUCUCUCCACAGAUGAACUUUCUUCUGCUCAGUGGUCAGCUCUGGUCUUCAUCUUACUGUCAUCAGAAAAAGAUCUGGAUGUGUUUGACCUGCAGAAAUACUCUGUUUCAGAGGAGGCUCUUCUGAGGCUGCUGCCAGUGGUCAAAGCUUCCAACAAGGCUGUACUGAGUGGCUGUAACCUGUCAGAGAGAAGCUGUGAAGCUCUGUCCUCAGUCCUUAGCUCCCAGUCCUCUAGUCUGAGAGAGCUGGACCUGAGUAACUCUGACCUGCAGGAUUCAGGAGUGAAGCUUCUGUCUGCUGGACUAAAGAGUUCACAGUGUUCAGUGGAAACUCUCAGUCUUUCAGGCUGUCUGAUCACAGAGGAAGGCUGUACUUCUCUGGCCUCAGCUCUGAGCUCCAACCCCUCCCAUCUGAGAGAGCUGGACCUGAGCUACAAUCAUCCAGGAGACUCAGGAAUGAAGCUGCUGUCGGCUGGACUGAAGGAUCCAGGCUGGAGACUGGACACUCUCAGGGUGGAGCCUGCUGGAGUCCGAUGGUUGAGACCAGGUCUGAGGAAGUAUUCCUGUCAACUCACAAUCGACACAAACACAGUGAACAGAAACCUCCAACUGUCUGACAACAACAGGAAGGUGACACAUGUGGAGAAGUAUCACUCAUAUCCUGAUCAUCCAGACAGAUUUGAUGGUUUUUGUUCUCCUCAGCUGCUGUGUAGAAAUGGUCUGACUGGUCGCUGUUACUGGGAGGUCGAGUGGAGAGGAGACGUUUGUAUAUCAGUGAGUUACAGAAGCAUCGGAAGGAAAGGAUACGGUGAAGACUGUUUGUUUGGAUACAAUGAUCAGUCCUGGAGUCUUAGCUGCUCUGACAAUGGUCCUCAUUAUGUCCUCCACAAUAACAGACACACAUCCAUCUCCUCCUCCUCCUCCUCCUCCUCCUCUGUCUCUAACAGAGCAGCAGUGUAUGUGGAUUGUCCUGCUGGCACUCUGUCCUUCUACAGAGUCUCCUCUGACACUCUGAUCCACCUCCACACCUUCAACACCACAUUCACUCAAACUCUUUAUCCUGGGUUUAGAGUUGGUAUGCUGAUUCCUACGUGUUGCGGUGCUGAGAUGGGUCCAAAGAGUGUCCUCCUGUUAGAGAAACACUCUUACUGGGUCCUCAAUUCCCUGGGACAUGAAUCUCCGGUCUCCUCUCGGUCCUACUACCUUGUCAGAUGUGUGGGAGGGAUCUAUGGAAGACCUGCUGAACCUGGACCUGGACCCAGCUGUGUGUCCUUAAAGAGUGACCGGUCUAAAGAAGAACCCAUGAGUUUUAAAGUCCAGCCUCUGUCAGCUGCAGAGAGAGUGGACCAGGAGAGUUCAGAGGUUCCCAGUGAACUUUCUGCUGCUGUUUGUCAACGUAACCUUAAAUCUGCGCUGAUGAAGAAGUUCCAGUGCGUGUUUGAGGGGAUCGCUAAAGCAGGAAACCCAACCCUUCUGAAUCAGAUCUACACAGAGCUCUACAUCACAGAGGGAGGGACUGCAGGGGUCAAUGAUGAACAUGAGAAAUACUCUGCUUCAGAGGAGGCCCUUCUGAGAAUGCUGCCAGUGAUCAAAGCCUCCAACAAAGCUCUGUGUCUUUAUUACACCUGCUUCACAUACAAGGGUCAGUUCUACAGACAGAAACAUGGGUGUGCCAUGGGUUCCCCAGUUUCACCCAUCGUGACCAACUUGUACAUCGAAGAAUUGGGAAAGAGGGCUUUGCUGUCCUACCCUGGAAGACCACCAAGUCAUUGGUUCAGACUGAGUGACUGUAAGCUCUCAGAGAGAAGCUGUGAAGCUCUAUCCUCAGUUCUCUGCUGCCAGUACUCUAGUCUGAGAGAGCUGGACCUGAGUAACAAUGACCUGAAGGACUCAGGAGUGAAGCUUCUGUCUGCAGAACUGAGGAGUCCACAUUGUACACUGGAAACUCUGAGUCUGUCAGGCUGUCUGAUCACAGAGGAAGGCUGUACUUCUCUGGCCUCAGCUCUGAGCUCCAAUCCCUCCCAUCUGAGAGAGCUGGACCUGAGCUACAAUCAUCCAGGGGACUCAGGAAUGAAGCUGCUGUCGGCUGGACUGAAGGAUCCAGGCUGGAGGCUGGACACUCUCAGACUGAGUCUCUGUAACUUGUCGGAAAGAAGCUAUGAAGCUCUGUCCUCAGUUCUCAGCUCCCAGUCCUCUAGUCUGAGAGAGCUGCACCUGAGUAACAACAACCUGCAGCACUCAGAAGUGAAGUUUCUCUCAGCAGGACUGAGAAGUCCACACUGUAAACUGAAUACUCUGAGACUGAGUCACUGUCAGUUCUCAGAGAGAGGCUUUGAGGCUCUGUUCUCAGCACUCAGCUCCCAGUCCUCUAGUCUGAGACAGCUGGACCUGAGUAACUCUGACCUGCAAGAUUCAGGAGUAAAAAUUUUGUCUGCUGUGGUGAAGAGUCCACACUGUAAAAUGGAAACACUCAGUCUGUCAGGCUGUCUGAUCACAGAGGAAGGCUGUACUUCUCUGGCCUCAGCUCUGAGCUCCAACCCCUCCCAUCUGAGAGAGCUGGACCUGAGCUACAAUCAUCCAGGUGCUUCAGGAAUGAAGCUGCUGUCGGCUGGACUGAAGGAUCCAGGCUGGAGACUGGACACUCUCAGGCUGAGUGGCUGUAACCUCUCAGAGAGAAGCUGUGAAGCUUUGUCUUUAGUACUCAGUUCCCCUUCUUGGCUGAGAGCUCUGGACCUAAGUAACAAUGAUGUAGAGGAUUCAGGAGUUGAGCUUCUAUCUGCAAAACUGAAGAGUCCACAUUGUAUAGUGGAAACUCUGAGACUGAGUGGCUGUAACCUCUCAGAGAGAAGCUGUGAAGCUCUGUCCUCAGUUCUCAGCUCUCAGUCCUCUAGCCUGAGAGAACUGGACCUGAGUAACAAUGAUCUGAAGGAUUCAAGAGUGAUGUUUCUGUUUGCAGAAUUGCACAGUCUACAUUGUACACUGGAAAAUCUGAGACUAAGUGGCUGUAACCUCUCAGACAGAAGCUGUGAAGCUCUGUCCUCAGUUCUCAGCGCCAAACCUUGUAGUCUGAGAAAGCUGGACCUGAGUAACAAUGAUCUGAAGGAUUCAGGAGUUAUGCUUCUGUCUGCAAAACUGAGGAGUCCACAUUGUGCACUACAAACUCUGAGAUUGAGUGACUGUAACAUGUCAGAGAGAAGCUGUGAAGCUCUGUCCUCUGUGUUGAGCUCCCAGUCAUCUAGCGUGAGAAUGCUGGUCCUGAAUAACUCUGACUUGAAGGAUUCAGGAGUGAAACUUCUGUCUGUUGGAUUGAAGAGUUCUUACUGCAAACUAGAAACUCUCAGUCUAUCAGGCUGUCUGAUCACAGCGGAAGGCUGUACUUCUCUGGCCUCAGCUCUGAGCUCCAACCCCUCCCAUCUGAGAGAGCUGGACCUGAGCUACAAUCAUCCAGGAGACUCAGGAAUGAAGAUGCUGUCUGCUGGACUAAAGGAUCCAGGCUGGAGACUGGACACUCUCAGGGUGGAGCCUGCUGGAGUCCGAUGGUUGAGACCAGGUCUGAGGAAGUAUUCCUGUCAACUCACAAUCGACACAAACACAGUGAACACAAACCUCCAACUGUCUGACAACAACAGGAAGGUGACACAUGUGAAGCAGGUUCAGUCAUAUCCUGAUCAUCCAGACAGAUUUCAUUACUGGGAACAGCUGCUGUGUAGAAAUGGUCUGACUGGUCGCUGUUACUGGGAGGUCGAGUGGAGAGGAGAGCUUUUUAUAUCAGUGAGUUACAGAAGCAUCAGAAGGAAAGGAGGCAAUGAUGACUGUUGGUUUGGAGGGAAUGAUCAGUCCUGGAGUCUGUACUGCACUGACGAAGGUCCUCAGUGUGUCUGGCACAAUAAGAUAAAAACACAGAUCUCCUCCUCCUCCUCCUCCUCCUCUGUCUCUAACAGAGCAGCAGUGUAUGUGGACUGUCCUGCUGGCACUCUGUCCUUCUACAGAGUCUCCUCUGACACUCUGAUCCACCUCCACACCUUCAACACCACAUUCACUCAAACUCUUUAUCCCGGGUUCAGAUUUGGGUUCAUGGCAUACGGUUCCUCAGUGUCCCUGUGCUAA